GGCUGGGGGACGCGUGGGGAGCUGCCCCUCCCUCCCACAACCCCAGGGAGGCCGCCAUGAGGGAGCUGGGAUCACACCUCCUCCAGACCCUGGACGGCUUCAUCUACGUGGUAGCGCCGGACGGCAAGAUCAUGUACAUCAGCGAGACCGCGAGCACGCAUCUGGGGCUCAGCCAGCCAGAAGAGGAUGAGGAGCGAACCUUCCUCAUCCGCAUGAAGUGUGUCCUCGCUAAACGCAACGCUGGUCUCACCACCGGCGGGUAUAAGGUGAUCCACUGCUCGGGGUACCUGAAGGUGAGACGGUACCCCAUGGACCACGCGACCACACCCUACGACACCUGCUACCAGAACGUGGGGCUCGUGGCCGUGGGACACUCCUUGCCCCCCUCCGCCAUCACUGAAAUAAAGAUGCACUCGAACAUGUUCAUGUUCAGGGCCUCUCUCGACAUGCGCCUUAUAUUCCUCGAUGCCAGGUACAUGUUCAGGGCCUCUCUCGACAUGCGCCUCAUUUAUGUUGACAUGCUGCUGAAGGGGCAGGUGACCAGCAAGUACUACAGGUUCCUCACCCAGAGCGGGGGGUGGGUGUGGGUCCAGACCUACGCCACCAUCGUCCACAACUCCCGGUCGUCCCGUCCACACUGCAUCGUCGCUGUUAAUUACGUCCUCAGUGACGUGGAAGUGCGGAACCAUUUCUUGUCAUGGGAACAACUUGGCGCGAACAACAGAAGCGAAGAGUCGUGGUCUGAUGGUUUACGGUCUGCUACCUCUGCUCCAACCAACAGACUCAAGCAUUUGACUCCAAACUCCAGUCCAUCUCCAUUAACAGACUUGGAUUCCUCCAACAUGGAGACUUCUCCAUCCCUGCCUGCGAUGCCCGUUGGAGCAGGGAUGGAGUCAGCAGCUUUGUCCAACCCAUCAGUCCCAGGCAGUUUGGUUAGCAACCCGUACCCUGGUAUCAUGAACAGUUCACCUACCAUUUACCCAGCUAGUUGUUACCCAGUACCACAUUCCAUUUAUGACUCGUAUGAUGACCCUCGGUACCAUAACAACAACAGCCAUCACCCUCACCAUCAUUCAGCAGCAGGGGGAGGGGCGUUAAGUCACAUCUACAACCCCAACAGUCCAGUUCAGCCCCACAGUAUCCCAGUAACCUACCCAUUAACUGCUGCCCCAGCCCCUUGCCUCCCCAUAGCCAAUUCCCUCUGUUCCUUAUACGACGAAGGUAGACCUUGGAGUCAAGGUUCAGGUUCCUCAUCCUCGUCUGAAGAUCCUAGGUAUGACUGUCCUCCUGGUGGUGUGAUACACCAAAACCCUACCUUCCUCUCCAAUGGCGUGUCUGGUGGAACACUUUCUCACUCCAUACCAAACGGCGGAAGUCAUCUUAAUGUACUUCAGCAACAGCAUCAUCAAAACCAUCAGCAUCAUCAAAAUGAGUAUCUACAACAUCACUCGGUGCAACAAAACCUACACCCAAGCGACAACAAUAACACGUUAUCACAACAAAACAGUUUCGGGUCUGCGUCCGGAAUGUACGACCUUGAAUACUACGCGUGCGACAAGUACUACGAUAAAGCCAUCCCUCAUGACCCUGAUAAAUCCCUUUGUGAUAUUACCAAAUCAUCAGGACAGCUACAUGGCUCCAAGGAAGCUCAUUUGUCUCACCAAAGUUUGCAUAUGUCACUUCACACGCAAGUCCAUACCUCUCACGGGUUGAUGCUAAGUUACCCUACUUCUGAUCUUUCAGAAAGCUUGUCUACCUCCAGUGAAUCUAGUCCCAAGCAUUCGACGAAACCUAGGCAUGGUGAUGCAGCGACUUCACAUGACCAGAAUCAGAAUGAUGAUAUCCAGAUAACAAGCAUCUCCACUGCAUUGGGUCCUUCAGAUUCUGAUAUUUCAGGGUCUUCUCUGAGUGAAGAAAAAACGACGGAAAACAGUGAUACCUCCAACAUCACUGAAACGUCCCACACAACUCGUGGAAUGUAUGGCAGUAACCAACUUUACGCGUCACAAACGACAUCACUGGCUUAUGAUUUUGUCAGAUCACAGUCUGGCUCUAACGUGCCAGGUAUUCUCAGCACGAGACACUUGUCAAUUGAUAUUGGGGGAACAGAAACCAUAACCGACAACAACCAACGAAGAACAGGUAGCAGCGUUUUCGGCAACGACUUUGGGCCACGUCCACCAGCGGAUGAAUCUCUAGACUGCCACGGUGUUGCCAAAUCUUCAAGCUCUGAAACUGAAAACGUAUUUUCAAGAACCGCGAGCGUUUUGCAAUCAAAUUCCACUUCCGUGCGAGGAAACUCGUGCCAAAGAGAAUCGAAUUCCCAGACACAACACAUCCAUCAUCAACAAAGUUGCGAUCCUCCUGCAAGUCGGGAUGUUGGUGAAAGUGCGAACGGUUCUUCUUCGGCAAGCAUAAUGAGUUCCAUAUCAGCAUCCGUCAUGAGUGGGUUGCCAGCUACAACAUUAGGUUCAGCUUCAGAAAACAAGGCCCCUAUGCAGCCAGGAUAUACUUCAGUUAUUGUUGAUGCACAACAGUAUCAUAUGACUCAAAAUGAUUAUGUGAGGUAAUUUGUACAGACGCACAAUGAUAGUGAUGAGUUUAUCCUACGCAAUAAUAACUCGAAAACUGAACUUUUUAACGCAAUAUGUCACACGAAUGUCGCAUAUAGUCGACAUUGCGUGAUGCAGAACUAAAUCCGACGAAAUUGUUAUUUUCAGUGAUGUUAACCGACACCGCGAUUCAUGUCCACUUGUUAUUGCUGUACCAAAUCGCACUAAAUUGUUAUUUUCACCGAUAUAUGCAAAUGCAGCGAGUAAUUGCCAUUUAUUCCAUAACUGCUACGUAGAUAUUGUUUUGUUUAACAAUGUUCGUCCUGAUCAUGAGUCAGCAUAUAUUAUAUCUAUUGCUAUACCAUAUGACUCGAUCAAGUUUUUAUUGUGCAUACCUUAGUUAUACGCUCCUAUGCCCGUAAUUAAAAAAUGUCUAUUAAUUAAUUAUAAAUAAUUGUUCUUUGAAU